AUGACGUCUUCGGCCGCCGAUCUCCCCAACUCCCCUGAUCCAGAGAGCAGCUCCUGCUCGAUGUCCCCAUCGUCCCCCACGUCUUCCUCUUUCUCGCAGAGUCUACACAAUCCUCUUUCUGGGACGUCCAGCGGCGCAAUAGGAGAUUCCUCCCCGGACGAGAAGAAGGCUACCAAGCGGACCCGGGACAGCAGCAAGCACCCGGUCUACCGUGGCGUGAGGAUGCGCAAUUGGGGAAAAUGGGUCUCGGAGAUCCGCGAGCCUCGCAAGAAGUCGCGUAUCUGGCUCGGCACCUUCCCCACACCGGAGAUGGCCGCCCGCGCACACGACGUCGCGGCACUCAGCAUCAAGGGCAACGCCGCAGUGCUCAACUUCCCCGAGCUCGCCCACUCGCUCCCUCGCCCAGCGACACUGUCCCCGCGUGACGUGCAGACCGCCGCCGCAAAGGCUGCGGCAAUGGAGCCGAAAUCCGCCCUCUGCUCGUCCUCGGCGACGACUCCGACAUCUGACGAUCUCGACGAGAUUGUGGAGCUUCCCCGACUAGGCCCGAGUUUUUUCGAGCCGUCCGAGUUGGGCAACGAGUUUGUGUUCCAUGAAUCAGACGAAUCUUGGUCUUCGUACUCUCCACCGUGGAUGGAGAGCGCCGACGACUACGGUUCCUUUGCCGAUCAAGCCUGGCUUGCUGUGGUGCCAGAAGCUCCCGGCUUGGAAACUCCGCUAUGGGAUCACUAG